GCAUCACCCCAGAGCCCCGUGCUUUUAUGCUGUCAGAUAAUUAGAGCCUGAACUUCGCUUCUUGUUUGCUGGGACCCUCACUUGGGUUUGCAGUACUGACCGCGGUCACCUCGUCUCCCCGCGUCUCCCUCACUACCCGGCACCCUCUUCACUCACAACUUCCAGACCCACCCUUUCAGGACCCUGCCCCUCCCAAGUUUCUCGAGGCCCUGUGUCUCCAGUACACUCUCCCAUCGUCUUCUCCUUAGGUCCCUGUGCCCCACUCACAUCCCCUCUGUCGCCUACACCCCGCCACAUUCUUGGUAGCCGUACCCUCUUCUGAGUUUUGUUUCUCCAUCUUUGCUCUGCGUUCAUCUCCUGGUUGAGUGUUUUGUAACGAGAAUUUUGGGCUUCUCUUUUCCUGGCAGAGUCCACCUGCAAAGAAUCACAUCAAGCAGCUACCUCCAUUGCCAGCCUGCUGCCCAGCCUGGGAAGGACCUCAUAGACUUGGCCACUUUUAGGCCUCACCCAUCCACCAGUGGGUGGACACCGCCCGGAGGUAGAUGAAGAGGAGGAGGUCGUGAUUGGGUGGCAAGAGAAGCUCUUCAGCCAGUUCGAAGUAGAUCUGUACCAAAAUGAAGCAGCCUGUCAGAGCCCUUUGGAUCAUCAGUACCGCCAAGAGAUUCUGAAGCUGGAGGAUCUGGAUGGCAGGAAGAACCGACGAAUCUUUACCUACACUGACUCUGAUAGAUACACCAAUUUGGAGGAGCACUGUCAGAAAAUGACCACCGCAGCCAGCGAAAUGCCGUCAUUCUUGGUCGAGCGAAUGGCAAAUGUCAGGCGGCGACGGCAGGACAGGCGAGGGAUGGAGGGUGGCAUCCUUAAGUCACGAAUCGUCACCUGGGAACCCUCAGAAGAGUUCAUCCGGAACAGCCAUGUCAUCAACACCCCUCUUCAGACAAUGUACAUCAUGGCAGACCUGGGUCCCUAUGGAAAGCUUGGCUAUAAGAAGUAUGAACAUGUCCUCUGUACUCUGAAGGUGGACAGUAAUGGUGUGAUCACAGUAAAACCUGACUUCACUGGCUCCAGAGGACCCUACAGAAUCGAGACAGACGGGGAGAAGCAGGAGCUGUGGAAGUAUACAAUUGACAGCGUGUCCUCCCUUGCACAGCCUGAGGAGGAAGAGCGGGAGCAGCGUGCGCUCAGGGACCUCUAUGGCCGGCACAAGGAGUAUCUCAACAGCCUCGUGGGCACUGACUUUGAGACGACGGUACCAGGUGCCCUCCGGCUCUUUGUAAAUGGAGAAGUAGUUUCAGCCCAAGGCUAUGAGUUUGACAAUCUUUACGUCCACUUCUUCGUGGAAUUGCCAACUACUAGCUGGUCAAGCCCAGCAUUCCAGCAGCUCUCAGGAAUAACACAGACCUGUGCCACCAAGUCCCUGGGAACGGAUAAUGUGGCUUACUUCUCCUACCCGUUCACGUUUGAGGCCUCCUUCCUCCACGAGGAUGAAUCUGCCGGUGCUCUCCCGGCAUGGCCUGUGCUCUACUGCGAGGUCCUCUCGCUGGACUUCUGGCAGAGGUAUCGCGUGGAAGGCUACGGGGCUGUGGUGCUGCCUGCCACCCCAGGCUCGCACACGCUGACAGUCCCUACGUGGAGGCCGCUGGAGCUGGGCCCGGCGGCCGAGCUCAGGAGGUUUUUCGUUGGUGGCUCUCUGGAACUGGAGGACCUCUCCUACGUGCGGAUACCAGGAACCUUCAAGGGGGAGCGUCUGAGCCGCUUUGGACUCCGCACAGAGACCACAGGCAGUGUCACCUUCCGCCUGCACUGUCUGCAGCAGUCCAGGGCCUUCAUGGAGUCAAGUUCUCUCCGGAAGAGGAUGAGGAGCGUGUUGGACCGUCUGGAGGGAUUCAGCCAGCAAAGUUCCAUUCACAACGUGCUAGAAGCCUUCCGUCGAGCCCGGCGCCGCAUGCAGGAGGCCCGAGAAAGCCUUCCCCAGGACCUCGUGAGCCCCUCGGGAACCACGGUCUCCUAGCUCACUGCAGUCCUGGCCCGCCGUGCACGAGGACAAGACGGGUGAUAUCCAAGGCCUGGGCCCUCUUCGUCUUUCUGAUUAGAGACCCCGCUGACCUGCUGAGAACCGGAAGAGCUGAGAAUCCUGGGCUGGACCCCUGCCUGGUCUUCAGCUGCUGGGUGGCAACAAAGCCAAAGACCCUGUGGCCCCCAUAUGGUCCCUGUCUUCAUAUGUCAGCCACUGCAAGUGACCAUCGCAACAAGACAGGCUUUUUGGUUUGAGACCAGUUUUGGGGAAAGGCCAAAGUUAGUUCUGUCCUCGACACAGCCUCCUUUCCGGCCUGUCUCAUGGUCUCAGUGGCAGAGGGCAGCAGUACCACCUGCUCCACACCUGCUUUACACAUGGAGGCCCGAGAAAGAAGGCGAGAGAGAUCUUACACUCCUGGCCUGGGACCCCAGCCUCCUCUUCCCAGGGUAGCCUCCCCUUCCUGCUGGGGGCUUGUUUCUGUAGUAAAUGAAGGCUGAAGGCAAAGCCCAGUCCUUUCUGCUAGCUAGCUGUCAUCUUUUAUUGUGUUUUUUGUACAUAAAAACUUUUUAUACUGAC